UCAUGUUUUUUGCGGAACAGCUGACUUCGCUUCGCAGUGGCUCGUACUGUUAGCAAUUCCUAACAGGACAUAAUUUUGUGGGAGCUUUUAACCGGCCUGUAGGGGUUUAGAUUGUGACUCACAGCAAAUUAUGGCUGAGACAGACCCCAAAUCCGUGCAGGACUUUACAAAUGUGGUGCAAACCUUGUUGCAACAGAUGCAAGACAAGUUCCAGACCAUGUCAGACCAGAUCAUCGGAAGGAUUGAUGAGAUGAGCACACGGAUCGAUGACCUGGAAAAGAACAUUGCUGACCUGAUGACACAGGCGGGUGUAGAAGAAAACGGGUCGACGCCUGAAAAGCCAAAAGAGAGUCAAGGCUCCUCAUGAAGGUCCAGAGACGCGCAGCUUGAGCCUAUAUGUACUGGAGCAGUGGAAUUCCAAUCCUAAAAAAUCACAUUGACUUGUGUGAACUUUUUUUUUCCUAUAUAUUGUCUAAUGUGACUAAUGGUUAUGUAUUGAUUUCAAGACAAGUGGAACGUUAUUUGUAAGCUAGAACAGUGUGUUUUGCCCGUUAGAACUGUAGUUGUUCAAGAAUAUAAAUUGGUGGGUUUUGUGCACUAACUGGGAUGUUGUCCUAUAUUAUAAUAGUCUUGCGAAAUGAAAUGAUGGUAACAUUCGGCUCAUCUCAUUUUUCGUAAAUGCAGCAUUUGUAGAGCCUCCUUGGAACAUUGAUUUCAACCCGUAGGUUUUUUUUGCGCAUGUCAAUUUUCUGAAACUCGCAUCCAGGUUUGAGAAUGGAGCUGAGGAAGUUCCGCUGGCAAGCUGAGUUAUAGGACCACUAAUGUAUUAUACAUGGAAGUGUUCUAACUCCUAUUAAAAUGUGCAUGUACUGGCUAGAUCAUAAAUGGAGUCGAACUUAAAAAUAAAAUAGUCAUUGUGUAUAUAAAUUUAACUAAAUAUAAUUCACGGGAUCUUGAGUAAGAGUUAAUGGGACGUAGGAAUUUUCAAGUUCAAAUGAGAUGAGCCUACUGUUGCCCAAGCCUUGGUCACCGUUUAGUCCAAAGACAGGAAAUUGACAUAUGACGCCUGCAUUAUUUGACAGGCACUGGUCAUGACCCCUGAGAUGCAUUCCCUCUUGAUAGAUUUUCUUCUAUUAAAUAUAUUUAACAAAUUGCUGUUGAAUUAUAUGGUAUAUUUGGCAGUAGGUGCUUUUAAAUAUCAGGAGGUGCUUUUUGUAAACGAGCAUUUUACACUACAAAGUUAAUCGCAUGGUACAUGUUCACUGUACAGUAGUUACCAUAAUCCAAAUAAAGUGGUUUUUUUGCUGAAA